AUGUCAAGAUCGGGUCAUAAUUGUGAGUUUUUUGAAGGGUUUUGGGGGAAAAUCGGAUGUUUUUGGGGGGAAAAAUCAAAAGAAAAUUGGAAAAAAUAAACAAAAUUAUUUUUAGCCUCCGAUUAUGCACAAGAAUUGAAUCGAAAACGCGCGAAUUUACGAGCCGAUGAUGACGACAACGAUGAGAAUAACAAAAAUGGCAAUAAAGUUGCAUUUGGCGCCGCCGGCAAUUUCGACACAGAUGUUUAUGGAAGUGCUCGCGGGAAUCGUAGUGAAAUGUAUCUAGAUUCAAUCGGAAUGGCGGAGGAAGAUGAUGUUGAUGAGGAUAGUGCACCAAGUGGCCCGAAAAAAGCCAUAAAUUAUGCGCAACCUCAUAAAUUUAUCGAAGAAGUUGCGAAAGCUUCGGAAGAUGUUGAUCCAUUUGCGGAUACACGAUCGAAAACAAUUGCGGAGCGGCAAUCUAAGUAUCACGAAAGAGCGCAAAGGCGACAAAUCUCCCCGGAUCGUGUUGAUGCUUUCGUAGAUCAAACACCUGAUCAUAGAAGUCGUGGAUAUGCGGAAGUUAUGAAAGAUCAAAUGUUUCAGGAGGAGAAGGGGCGGGUUGAAAGAGAGCUUGCGGAUCGCGCGAAAUCUGGCGACUUGCACAUUUCGCAUCUUCCACGCGAGCCGGAAAAGAAGAAGGGACGUUGGGAUGAGACGCCGCAGAAUGCGGAAAACUUGGGCGCAGGUUCGGCGACUCCGCAGGGUAGUGCGCCACGGAAACGACUGGGAUUUUCGAGUAUUAGUGCGGAUGCGGCGACGCCGCAUGUUGCGCGGUGGGAUGAGACACCGGCGCAUUCGAUGGGGGCGGCGGAUGCGACACCGUCGGUUGAUAAGUGAGUUGGGGGCAAGGAGUGGGGGCUUGAGAGGGUAGGUGUCAAGGAGGCACGCCUAGAGAGGGUAGUUCUCAAGCAGCCGCGCCUAGAGAGUAACUAUGGCUAGAGACGGUGCCUUGGGAGCUUCUAUUGCAAGUAGCCGAGCUUUGUCUACAUUUUUGGUUAAAACUAGCCUCAAAAAUCGAUAAUUUUGAUGUUUUUUGUCCAGAAAUUGAAAAAUCCUAAGAAUGCAUGAAUUUUUCCCAAUUUUUUCAAAAAUCGAAAAAAUACGUUUCAAAAUUUUUAUAUUAUAUUUUGUAAACCAAUAGUGUUUCAAUACUCUUUCCAAUAUGUUUCCAAACCAAAAUUUGAAAUUUCACAUUGAAAUUGGAAAAUCCUCAAAAUUUGGAUGAAAAUGCAGAAAUUAUCCUUUUUUUCAAAUCAAAAUCCAAGUAGUCGAGCCUAGAGAGUCUAGUUGUCAAGGAGCAGCGCCUAGAGAGCGUCUAUGACAAGUAGCCAACCCUAUAAACCCCAGUUCUCAAGGAGCCGAGCCUAGAAAACAAAUUUUUUCCAGAUGGUCCUCCACACCAGCCGCCCAAACCCCCCGACGAAAUCGUUGGGACGAAACACCCAAAGAAAAUCUUGGCGACGGUUCAAUGACACCAGGAUGGGGAAUGGAAACACCAGCAAGAGGUGGACCGAAUGAUGAUAUCAAAAUCGAGGACACACCAUCGGCGUCGAAGAGAAGAUCAAGAUGGGAUUUGACACCGUCGGCAACACCUGCGGCAGGUUCAGCUACGCCUUUGCAAGCUGGUGGAGCUACACCGUCUUUUACACCUUCGCAUCCUUCACAGACACCGGUUGGUUUUUAGAAUUUGCGAUUUUUGCAUUUAUGGGUCAUCUGAAAAUUUGAAUUUUUAAAAAACCCGCCAAAUUCUCAAUGGAGCGCAUUUUCUAAUUUUUGAGCUAAAAUUUGAAUUUUAGAGUUUUCGGCUCAAUUUUAAGCAUUUAGAGUUUAUUUUUGCUCAUCUAAAAAUUUGAAUUUUUUCAAGUUCCAAGGAUUAAAUUUGGCGGGAAACUUUAAUUUUAAUAAUUUUUCGGCUCCUCUAAAAAUUUGAAUUUUCGAAAAUUCCGCAAAAUUCUCAGUAGAGCGCAUUUGCAAUUUUUAGAGCCAAAAAUUUGAAUUUUUCAUGUUCCAGGAGUCAAAUUUGACGGGAAAUUUUGACGGGAAAAUGAAAAUUGAAUUUUCAGAGUUUUCGGCUCAUCUAAAAAUUUGAAUUUCCUAAAAAUCCCACCCAAUUCUCAAUAGAGCGCAUUUGCAAAUUUUCAAGCAAAAAUUUGAAAUUUUCAUGUUCCCGGAGUAAAAAUUGGCCGGAAAUUUGAAUUUUAUAGUUAAUGGUACCUUUAUUGAGAAAAUUCACCCCAAAAACUAUGAAAAUUCAAAUUUCCCGCCAAAUUUAACCCCGGGAACAUGAAAAAUUCGAAUUUGAGCUCUAAAAUUUGCAAAUGCGCUCUAUUGAGAAUUUUGCUGGAUUUUUGGGAAAUUCAAAUUUUUAGCCAUGAAAAAUGGGUCAUUUCACCCCAAAACUCUAAAAAUUCAAAUUUCCCGCUAAAUUUGACCCCUGGAACAUGCAAAAAUUCGAAUUUUAACUUUAAAAUUUGCAAAUGCGCCCCAUUGAGAAUAAGGUGGAUUUUUAAAAAUUCAAAUUUUUAGCUAUUGUCAUUUCACCCCAAGAACUAUGAAAAUUCAAACUUCCCGCCAAAUUUGACCCCCGGAACAUGCUGAAUUGUUUGUUGUUACAUGCAAAAGUUCGACUUUUUUGCAAAUGCGCUCUAUUGAGAACAUGGCGGGGUUUUUUGGAAAUUCAAAUUUUUAGAAAAAAUUAAUAUUUUUCCUUCCAGAUCGGAGCAAUGACACCUGGCGGAGCAACUCCCAUCGGAACAGCCGCAAUGGGUAUGAAAACCCCAGCCGCUCAUCAAAUUCCAAUGACACCCGAACAAAUGCAAAUCUAUCGAUGGGAAAAAGAAAUCGAUGAUCGAAAUCGGCCAUUGAGUGAUGAAGAAUUGGAUGCUUUGUUCCCACCGGGUUAUAAGGUCUUGGUCCCACCAAUGAAUUAUAUUCCAAUGCGAACACCGUCCAGGAAACUAUUGGCCACACCAACACCAAUGGGUGGAUCUGGAGCUGGAGCUGGAUUCUUUAUGCCUGGAACACCUGAGAGGGAUGGGAUUGGUGAGAAGGGAGUUGGUGGAAUAUUGGAUACGCAGCCGAAAAAUGCGGAAUUGCCACCAUUGAAACCGGAUGAUAUGCAAUAUUUUGAUAAAUUGUUGAUGGAUGUUGAUGAAAGUGGGUUUUUUGGGGGAAAUUUGAAAAAUUGAGGUGAUUCUGAUAAAAAUCAUGUCAAAAAAGUGGGAAAAAACCCAAUUUUCGUAAAUUUUGAGCUUAUUUACCGGUUUUUGCUCAAAAAUAGGUCUUUGAUAAUUUUUUCUCAUCUGAAAAUUUGAAUUUUUGAAAAUCCCGCCAUGUUCUCAAUAUAGCGUUUUUGCUAAUUUUAGAACUAAAAUUUGAAUUUUUCAUGUUCCCGGGGUCAAAUUUGGCGGGAAAUUUGAAUUUUUAUAGUUUUUAGCUCCUCUAAAAAUUUGAAUUUUCAAAAAUCCCGUCAUGUUUUCAAUGGAGCGCAUUUACAAAUUUUCCAGCUAAAAUUUGAAUUUUCAUGUUCCCGGGGUCAAAUUUGGCGGGAAAUUUGAAUUUUGAUAGUUUCUGGCUCUGAAUUUUUCAAUAAAGUUACUCAAACUCCAAAUUUUGCAGGCACAUUAACCAAAGAGGAGAAAAAUGAGCGUGAAAUCAUGGAGCACUUGUUGAAAAUCAAAAACGGAACUCCGCCAAUGCGCAAAAGCGGCCUGCGUAAAAUCACCGAAAACGCUCGAAAAUACGGAGCCGGACCACUUUUCAAUCAAAUUUUGCCACUUUUAAUGUCACCGUCGCUGGAAGAUCAAGAAAGGCAUCUGAUGGUUAAGGUGAGGAGGAAACGGCUGAAAAUGAGGGUUUUCAGAGGUUUCAGCACGAAAUUUGAGCCUUGAAACAUGUAGUUUUCUACAGUAACCCGGUUGAUCCAAUUUUUUUUUGGAAUUUUUGGCACCAUUCUUACAGUAGCUUAUGAAGGGUUUCUAGACUCAAAUUUUGUGCUGAAAAUCAAAAUAUUGCUGAAAAUAAACAUUUUCACAGGUUUCAGCGCCAAAUUUGGGUCUAGAAACAUAUAGUUUUCUACAGUAACCCUUUGGCACAAUUUCAUACAGUAUCUUUCUAGACUCAAAUUUUGUGCUGAAAAUCAUGAAAUGGCUCAAAAUGAGUAAUUUCACAGGUUUCAGCACAAAAUUUGGGCCUAGAAUUUUUUUUUUGAAUUUUACUUAAAAACGUUACCUAUUUUUUUCACUGUUUCAAUUUUUCGUGAAAAAAAAAUUUUUUUUGCUCAUUUUUCAAUUUGACAAUCCACCAGAAUGAGCAUUGUCUAGAAACACGAUAAUUUUGUGCUGAAAUUAUUGAAAAUUGCUGAAAAUUAAUAUUUCCUUGAUUUUCGACACAAAAUUUUGAUCUAGAAAAGUUCUGAAAUUUCAUAAUUUCAGCCAGAAUGUUAGGCCUCAAAAUAUUGAAUUUGGGAUAUUUUCAAAGCAAAAAAACAAUUUCUAGACUCAAAUUUUGUGCUGAAAAUGCUGAAAUUGCUGAAAAUGAGCAUUUUUACAGGUAAUCGAUCGAAUUUUGUACAAAUUGGAUGAUUUGGUUCGCCCCUAUGUGCACAAAAUCCUCGUCGUAAUUGAGCCACUUUUAAUCGAUGAAGAUUAUUAUGCUCGAGUUGAAGGAAGAGAAAUUAUCUCGAAUUUGGCAAAAGCCGCAGGCUUGGCAACUAUGAUUUCAACAAUGAGACCAGAUAUUGAUAAUGUUGAUGAAUAUGUGAGAAAUACAACAGCUCGUGCAUUUGCUGUUGUUGCGUCGGCUCUUGGAAUUCCCGCUUUGCUACCAUUUCUGAAAGCGGUUUGUAAAUCGAAGAAAAGUUGGCAAGCUAGACAUACUGGUAUUAAAAUUGUGCAACAAAUGGCGAUUUUGAUGGGAUGCGCCGUUUUGCCGCAUUUGAAAGCGUUGGUUGAGAUUGUUGAGAAUGGAUUGGAUGAUGAACAGCAGAAGGUUGGUUUUUUUUGGGAAUUAUGCUCAAAUUUAUUCAAAAUUCAAGAUUUCCCGCCAAAUUUGACCCCGGAAACAUGAAAAAUUCGAAUUUUAGCACGAAAAUUUGCAAAUGCGCUCUAUUGAGAAUUUUGUGGGAUUUUUGGGAAAUUCAAAUUUUUAGAAUAGCCCAAAACUAUAAAAAAUUCAAAUUUCCCGCCAAAUUUGACCCCGGGAACAUGAAAAAUUCGAAUUUUAGCUCGAAAAUUGACAAAUGCGCUCCAUUGAGAAUUUGGCGGGAUUUUGGGAAAUUCAAAUUUCAAGCAAAACUGUAAAUUGAUCAAAAAUUGGAAAAUCCUGAAAUUAACAAAGAAAAUUGAUAUACCAAAUCAUUUUUCAGCUUGUACAUAGUAAAAUCUUCAAUUUUUCCAGGUCCGAACCAUCACAGCUCUUUGCUUGGCUGCUCUUGCUGAAGCUUCAUCUCCUUAUGGAAUUGAAGCAUUCGAUUCAGUUCUCAAACCGCUUUGGAAAGGUAUUCGAAUGCAUCGAGGAAAAGGUUUGGCUGCAUUCUUGAAAGCAAUCGGAUAUUUGAUUCCUUUGAUGGAUGCCGAAUAUGCAUCAUAUUAUACAAGAGAAGUUAUGCUUAUUUUGAUUCGGGAAUUUGCGUCACCAGAUGAGGAAAUGAAGAAAAUUGUGUUGAAGGUUGGUGGGGGCAAAAAAAAUUUCUAUGAAAAAUUCACUGUUUCAAAAAUGUUCUAUUAUUUCAUAUCAAAUAUUACAUUUUUGAUAUUUUUGCUGCCUUUUCAACAUUUCAAAAAAUUGUUCGAAAAAAUAUAAAUUAAAAAAAAAUUCACUGUUUCAAAAAAUUGAUAAUUGAUAAUUUUAGUUUUCAAAUUAUUUUCUCGAUUAUUUGGACAAUUUCUUCGGUAAAAAUUGUUUUUUUCGUGAAAAUUCAGAAUCACACCUCGGCCAAAAUCGUGGUUUCCACAGUAAAAAUUUGUACGCUAACUUUUUACAGUACAAAAAUUUUGAAUUUUUCAGCUUUUGUACUCUAAAAAUUGUGAUUUUUCAAUUUUUGACCUCUAAAAAGUGAAAUUCAGAUUUUUCAAAAAAUUGUACUCUGGCCAGCCACGGCUUGGCCAAGGUGUGUUCAGAAUUUAUAGAUUUUUAACUGUUUCAAAACAAUAAUGUUAAAUAAAUUUCAAACUUAUUUUAUCGAUUAUUCGAAAUUGGCUGAGUGUAAUGUUGGAAGAAUUUCAAUUUGAAAAACUUGCACUGUGACGUGGCAAUUAGGAAAAACCUGGAUUUAGGCUAAGUCCAAACUUAGGGCAUAGGCUUAGGCUAAACCUUAGGCUCUUAGCAAAAACCUGAAGCUCAGGUUCAAAAUAUUCGAAUUCUUGUGAUUGAUUUUUUUUCAAAAAAAUUUACUGUUUUUAAAACAUUUUUUAAAAAUUUAGUUGUACUUUUUAUUCGAUAUUAGAGAUUUUUUUGUAUGAAAAUUUACUGUUUCAAAAAUUUAACAAAAACUUAAAAUUUAAAUUUCUCAGGUCGUCAAACAAUGUUGUGCCACCGACGGAGUUGAGCCAAGUUAUAUUCGAGACGAAGUUCUUCCCAGCUUCUUCAAAGCUUUCUGGAAUCAAAGAAUGGCAAUGGAUCGCCGAAAUUAUCGACAAUUAGUCGAUACAACCGUCGAAAUUGCGCAAAAAGUUGGAACUGUUGAAAUGAUUGCUCGAAUUGUUGAUGAUCUCAAAGAUGAAAAUGAGCAAUACCGGAAAAUGGUGAUGGAAACAAUUGAAAAUAUUGUUGCACUUCAAGGAGCCAAUGAAAUUGAUGCGAGAUUGGAAGAGCAAUUGAUUGAUGGACUUUUGUAUGCAUUCCAGGAGCAGACACAGGAAGAUUCGGUAAUGUUGGAUGGAUUUGGCACAAUUUGUGGGGCUCUUGGAAGAAGGGCCAAGGCCUAUAUCCCACAGAUUUGUGGAACAAUCUUGUGGAGAUUGAAUAAUAAAUCGGCAAAGGUUCGACAGCAAGCGGCAGAUUUGAUUGCUAGAAUUGCACCGGUUAUGCAUAUUUGCGAGGAGGAGAAGAUGAUGUGUCAUAUGGGUGUGAUUUUGUAUGAGUAUUUGGGAGAAGAGUAUCCGGAAGUGUUGGGUUCGAUUUUGGGAGCGUUGAAAUCGAUUUGUAAUGUGAUUGGAAUGACGAAAAUGACACCGCCGAUUAAGGAUUUGUUGCCGAGGUGGGAAACUUUUUAGAUUGAGAAAAUUGUGAUUUUUAGCCAUUUCCAGCUUUUUCAGCACUAAAUUUUGAUUUAGAUUUUUUUUUUGAUAAAAAGGGAAAUUUUGAGACCCCAAAUUUUUGGCUGAAAAUUCUUCAAAUCGCUGAAAAUCACUAAUUUCUUGAUUUCCAGCACUAAAUUGUAAUCUAGAAAAGUUUAUAAUUUUCAGCUAUAAAGUUAGACCUAACUAUUUUGAAUUUUAGAUUUUUUUAAGCAAAAAAAAACAAUUUCUAGACUGAAAUUAAGUGUUGGAAACGCUGAAAAUCAACAUUUUCUUGAUUUUCAGCACAAAAUUCUGAUAUCGAAAAGUUUUGAAAACCGAUAAUUGUCAGAAAUUUUCGCCAAAUUCUCAAUGGAGCGCGUUUGCAAAUUUUCAACCUGCAAUUCGAAUUUUUCAUGUUCCAAGGGUCAAAUUUGGCAGGAAAUUUGAAAUUUUGAUAGUUUUCGGAGUGGUUUUUAUAGUUCGUAACAAAACUCAUUAAAAAAUCCCAAAAUUUUGACCCUGAGAAUGUACGUUUCAGAAAUUUGAUAUUAAAAAAUUCAGCAUAUUUUAAUCGAUUCGGCAAGUUAUUCUUCUACCAUAUUUUUAGAUUCAGAAUUUCAGAUUCAGAAUUUAUUCACGGAAUUUUGGCUACUGAAAUAAAACUCUUUUGAUAUAAUUCAAAAAAAUGUUUGAUAACAUCUAAAAAUGUCGGUUUUCCGAAAGAUAGCUCAUAUCAAAAAGUAUAAAUUUCAAAAAUUUUGAAUUCAGGAUCUUAAAAAUGUCAUGAAAUUUCAACUCUGGAAACAUACGUUUCAAAAAUUUAAUAUUGGAAAAUUAAAAAUUAAAAAUUAAUAAUUCUUUUCUUCACAUUCUAAAACUCAAUAAUAAUUUUUCUUUACAGAUUAACCCCAAUCCUCAAAAAUCGUCACGAAAAAGUGCAGGAAAAUUGCAUUGAUCUGGUGGGAGCAAUCGCAGAUCGUGGCUCAGAAUUCGUGUCAGCUCGCGAAUGGAUGCGCAUCUGUUUCGAAUUAUUGGAACUCCUCAAAGCGCACAAGAAAAGUAUCCGAAGAGCCGCAAUCAAUACUUUUGGAUUCAUCGCAAAAGCCAUCGGACCACACGAUGUUUUGGCAACACUUUUGAAUAAUUUGAAAGUUCAGGAAAGACAAUUGAGAGUUUGUACAACUGUUGCGAUUGCGAUUGUUAGUGAAACUUGUGCGCCGUUUACUGUGCUGCCAGCAAUUAUGAAUGAAUAUCGAGUGCCCGAGAUUAAUGUGCAAAAUGGUGUGCUCAAAGCAUUGUCUUUCAUGUUUGAAUAUAUUGGAGAAAUGGCAAAGGAUUAUAUUUAUGCUGUUGUUCCACUUUUGAUUGAUGCGUUGAUGGAAAGAGAUCAGGUUCAUCGGCAAAUUGCGGUGGAUGCGGUGGCACAUUUGAGCUUGGGUAAGGAAUUUUGAUUAUUUUCAGUUGAAGAAAUUUGAAUUUUCAAGUUCUUGGGAAAAUUUUGAAUUUUUUGAGCCUAAAUUUGAUUAUUGAAAAUUUCUGAAAAUUUUUGGAUUUUCUUUAAGCCUUUAAAAUUUUAAGCUUCCAAAUUUCUAGCUGAAACUCGUUCUAGAUAAAAAUUUUGUGCUGAAAAUCAUGAAAAACUCGAUUUUCAGCGUUUUCAGCACAAAAUUUUAGUCUAGAAAUUUGUUUUUGCUAAAAACUGAUAUUUUGAGCCCUGAAAUUCUGGCUGAAAAUUAUGAAUUUUCAGAACUUUUUUGAAUUAAAAUUUUGUGCUGAAAAUCAAGAGAAUAUGAUUUUCCAACGAUUUUCAGCGUUUUCAGCACUAAAUCUUAAUCUAGAAAAGUUCUGAAAAUUCAUAGAUUUGAGCUUGGGUAAGGUAUUUUUUGAACCUGAAUUUGAUUGAAGAAACUUGGGGAAAUUUUGAAUUUUUGAAAAAAAUUUGAAUUAUAAAGUAAAAGCACAAAAGUAAUGGCUGAAAAUCAUGAAAAAGUCGAUUUUCAGCUUUUUCAGCAUUUUCAGCACUGAAUUUCAGUCUCGAAAUGUUUUUUAUUAAAAACCCCGAAAUUUCGUGCUGAAAAUCAAUAUUUUCUUGAUUUUCAGCACAAAAUUUUAGUCUAGAAAUUUGUGUUUGCUAAAAAACUGAUAUUUUGAGCCCUGAAAUUCUGGCUGAAAAUUAUGAAUUUUCAGAACUUUUUUGAAUUAAAAUUUUGUGCUGAAAAUCAAGAGAAUAUUGAUUUUCAGCACGAAAUUUCGGGGUUUUCAGCACUAAAUCUUAAUCUAGAAAAGUUCUGAAAAUCCAUUAUUUUCAGUCAGAAAUCUUGGGCUCAAAAUAUUGAAUUUUGAAUAUUUUUCAAGCAAAAACCAUUCUGAACUGAAAUUUAGUGCUGAAAAUCACAAUUUUCUCACAAAAAUCUCCUCUUUUUUCCAGGUGUUUAUGGUUUCGGUUGUGAAGACGCGCUUAUUCAUUUGCUCAAUUUCGUCUGGCCAAAUAUGCUCGAAAAUUCGCCGCAUUUGAUUCAAAGAUGGGUUUUUGCGUGUGAAGGAAUGAGAGUUUCGCUUGGACCGAUUAAGGUGAGAAAUUUUGGGGAUUUUUGGGUCUGGAAAAUUUCACUGUUUCAAAAAUGUUAUAUAGGUUUUAUGAUUGAAUUUUUAAUGAUAAUAUACGGGGAAAAACAGGCCAAAUUAGCAAUUUUUGAAUGAAAAAUGGGCUUCUUUAGGCUUUGAAAAAUCUGAAAUUUAUAGAAAAAUUUUCUGUUUUUACUGAAAAAUAUCACUGUUUCAAAAAUGUUAUAGUUUUUAUUAGCAAAUUUUGAAUUAUUGAAAACAUCGUAAUUUUUGAAAAAAAGCUUGAUUUGUAUAAAAAAAAAUGUGUAUUUUUAAGCCUAUACACUAUUUUAGGGGAAAAUUAGCAUUCCAGAUAUUUUUUGACUGAAAAAUAGACAAAUUUAGGUAUUUUUAAUGAAAAAUUUGCCUAGGCUUGUUUAGACUCAAAAAAUCUGAAAUUUUCUGAAAAAUUAUAUAUAAAAAAUAUCACUGUUUCACAAUUUUUUGAAAAUAAAUUACUGGAUUAAAUUUUUAAUAAUUCGAUUAAUCAUGAUCUCAUACAAAUUUUUACUGUUUCAGGAAUUCUCAAAAAGUAUAAAUAAUUAAUUUUAAUUAAUAAAUCGAACUUUAUAUUUUUGAAAAAUUCUGAAAAAUUCUUGGAAACAAAAAAUUGUGAAUUUUUGAGCUCUGAAAAUCGAAAUUUAAUCUAUUUUUUCUUCGAAAAACGUGGAUUUUCUGUUCCGAAUGCUCACCGUAAUUUAUCCAAAAAAAAUCACUGUUUCAAAAAUUUCUUAUUAAUUUUUGGGAUUGAAUUGUGAAUAAUAAUAACUUUAUUUUUGUUCUAAAAAAACGACCUGAAAAAAACUCUGAAAAAAAUUUGUAUGAAAAAACAUGGAUUUUUUGUGCCCAAGUCUCUCCAAAAAAUAUCACUGUUUCAAAAUUUCUCUAUAAUUUUUAUUAAAUUGUGAAUUGAGGUUCUAUAUUCUAUACAAAACAUCACAUUUUCAGACCAGUGUUCUACCAAAAUUCUCUCAGACCUUUUUUUUCAUCAAAAAAAAUUUCACUGUUUCAAAAUAUAUUUAUAAUUUUUGGUGUCAAAAUGUAUCCAUUAUUCAAAAAUUUUCUCUAUAAAAAUCACUGUUUCAGAAAUUUUUCGAAUAAAAAAUGCUGAUAUGAUUGCUGAUAAAAAUGCUGAUAUUUCAAUGAUGCAUCUAAAAUCAGUGGAUUUAUAUUCAGUAGAAAAAACACUUUCGAAAAUGUAUUAAAAUUCAAAAAAUUCCAAUUGAGCCAUGAAAAAUUUAAUUUUUUUUUCAAUUUUCUAAAAAAAAUUCACUGUUUCAAAAUUUUUUUAAUAAUUUUUGGGAUUAAAUUGUGAUUUCAGUUAUAUUUAAUUUUAGUUAUAUUUUUUUAUAACCUAUAGAAAUUUCUUAGUUUCAGAUUUUUUGAUAUUUUUUACAUUCAGGAUUUUUUUCUAUCAAAAUUUCAAUUUCCAUGUUUUCAGACCCUUUUUUUCAUCAAAAAAAUCUCACUGUUUCAAAAUAUAUUUAUAAUUUUUGGGGUCAAAAUGUAUCCAUUAUUCAAUCGGAUGAAGAGACCCCGUAAAAAUCCAAAAAACUUUAAAAAGUGUAUAAAAAUUCAGAAAAAAAUUUCACUGUUUCAAAAUAUAUUUAUAAUUUUUCGGGUCAAAGUGUAGAUGAUAUAUAACUUAAGUUAAUAAUUAUUGAUCCAAAAAAAUUCAAAAAAUCAUAUUUUUCUCUAUGAAAAUUUCACUGUUUCAGAAAUUUUUCGAAUAAAAAUGAGAAAAAAAAACACUUUCAAAAGUGUAUAAAAAUUCCAAAAAAAAUUCACUGUUUCAAAAUAUCUUAAUAAUUUAUCUGAUCAAAUUGAAAGCGAUAAAUCAAGUGUAAAUAAGCCCAAAAAAAUGCCCACCCAUUCCAAAUCUUAUAUUUCUUGCAGGUUCUUCAAUACACCCUCCAAGCUCUUUGGCAUCCAGCCAGAAAAGUUCGUGAGCCCGUCUGGAAAGUGUUCAACAAUUUGAUUCUUGGCUCAGCUGACGCGAUUGUUGCUGGAUAUCCGAGAAUUGAAAAUACGGAAACAAAUGAAUAUUUGAGAUAUGAAUUAGAUUAUCAAUUAUAA